GUGGGAGUGUUUGCCCUGUGCGGCCGGCAAGAACUGUUGGACGGGCCCGGGCAUCGAUCGGUUGGCAACAAAAAGACCAACAUCCGGCUGAAUUGUUGUCAGUUUUGGGACGAUCGUCGAACGCGUCUAAUCGCCCAGUGUCCUAAACAGUGUGUUAUAGCAAAGAAUCGCCCAGUUUCGGUUGGAGUGCCCAACGUUUCCAACCGCUCAAAAAUGAAUCGCGUCAUCACAGUGCUGUGUUUGAUGGUUGUGGCCGCAUCCUUCAGCGAUGCGACGUUCGAUCUGCUGCACAAGAAGAAGGCACUGCUGGGCAAGCUGCUGCACAAGGGACCCGUCUAUGCUCCGGCUUACCCGGUGCAUCCUCCGCCACCACCACCCCAGCCAGUAGUCUACCACGCCGCCGUUGCCGUACCGGUAGCUGUACCGACCCCAGUCCGUUACGUUGCUCAAGCACCUGCUCCUGUGCACUACUCCGCACCAGCACCAGCUCCGGUGCACUACUCGGCCCCAGCACCAGCUCCAGUCCAAUACUCGGCCCCAGCACCUGCUCCGGUGCACUACUCGGCCCCAGCACCUGCUCCAGUCCACUACUCGGCUCCAGCUCCUCCCCCAGUCUACAGUGCGCCACCACCAGCACCAGUCUACAGCGCGCCACCACCAGCACCAGUCUACAGUGCGCCACCACCAGCACCAGUCUACAGUGCACCAGCACCAGCGCCAUACCCAGGAUGUGACCAUGGUUCUCACGUCUCGCUGGUCGGUUAAGUACACGCAGCGUGUGGGAUAGACGCAUCGGAACCAAAACCAAUAGAGAGCGCCAUACGGGAAGAGGUACACCGCCACCGUCAGCAACUAGUAGAUGGGUUUAACGAGCAAACGCGAAGAAAACUUUCCCACCAUACGGAGAACAGGAUUCUUUAACCAUACAACAUACAGCCCCGACAUCACGUUCGCCGGUCGCGUCGAAUGUGCAAGAUUGUGCAGAAUGAUGGACAGUCGACAGCAAUCAGUGAAGCGGCAAGAACGCUAACCUCUUCGCUAGAUUUCCGUUUUUUUAUUCAUUGUGUUCAAGGUGUACAAAACAAACCAGAAGCUAUAGGGUCGGUGUGUUUGUGUUCUACCUUUUGUUUUUCCUCUAAUAGCUAGAACGUUACGCAUGACAAAGAAUAAACUUACAAAUUAACUGGAA